AUGACUGGCGCUGGAGCACCGGCUGGAGGACCAGGUUCGGGAUCGGGAUUUGGAGCUGCACCUCAACGAUCGUUCGAGGAGCGUGCCGCAGCUCGCGAACAGAUGAUGAGUAACAUUCGAGACGCUUCGCAACAGGACCGGCGUGUCUACGUUGGUAACCUAUCAUACGAUGUGAAGUGGCAUCAUCUUAAGGAUUUCAUGAGACAGGCUGGAGAGGUUCUCUUUGCCGAUGUUUUACAGCUUCCGAAUGGAAUGUCGAAGGUGGGCCUUUACACAAUUGUGGAAUAUGCUACAAGGGAGCAAGCACAAGCGGCUGUGGCCACCCUCAGCAACCAAAAUUUGAUGGGCCGGCUCGUCUACGUACGCGAAGACCGUGAGGCCGAGCCACGCUUUAUUGGAGCAACCGGCGGCCGCGGUGGCUUCGGCGGUGGUGGUAUGCAAGGUGGUUACGGCGGCGGUGGUGGCGGCGGCUACGGUGGUGGCAUGGGCGGCAUGGGCGGCGGUAGUCGCCAGCUUUACAUCGCUAACCUUCCAUACACCGUGGGCUGGCAAGAUUUGAAAGACCUCUUCCGCCAAGCAGCUCGAAACGGUACUGUGAUUCGCGCUGAUGUUCACCUCGGUCCGGACGGUCGGCCUAAGGGCUCUGGGAUUGUUAUGUUCGAGUCCCCAGAUGAUGCCCGUAGUGCCAUCCAACAGUUCAAUGGAUAUGAAUGGCAAGGCCGCUUGCUAGAAGUCCGUGAGGAUCGCUUUGCUAAUUCCGCAGGAGGUGGCAGUGGUGGAUAUGGCAGAGGCGGGUUUGGCGGCGGCCGCGGAGGAUUUGGCGGUUACGGUAGUCGUGGAGGAUUUGGCGGAGGACGCGGUGGUUUUGGAGGCUAUGGUGGACGUGGUGGCUAUGGCGGCGGUGGUGUUGGAGGUGGACCCUACGACCAAAACACUGCCGCUGCCGCUGCUGCUGCACCGAACCCUUUCACUGAUCAUGCAACGUCCGGUACCGAGCCUAGCGAUACCAUUUAUGUUCGCAAUCUCCCAUGGUCUACAAGCAACGAAGACCUCGUCGAGCUGUUUACUACCAUUGGAAAAGUUGACCAAGCUGAGAUUCAAUAUGAACCAAGCGGACGUUCCCGAGGAACUGGCGUCGUUCGGUUUGACAGCCAGACAACCGCCGAGACAUCGAUCACUAAAUUCCAGGGUUACCAGUAUGGCGGCCGUCCUCUCGGUCUAAGUUACGUCAAGUACAUCACCCCUGGUGGUGGUGACAGCAUGGAUACAGAUCCUCAUGGUGGCCUCUCACAAGAACAGAUGAUGUAA